AUGUACUCCGCCACACAGCUGUCCUGGCAUGCGUUGGUGUCUGCAAUUGUGGCAUGGGUUUGCAGCGAGGACUCGGAGACGCAUCCGUUGGAUGCCGUACUAAAGCAAGCAGCGCUAGCCUGCGACGACGCGUUGGAUGAAGAGUUGACAGAUGUGUCUAGGAUGCAGCAUAUCAUGGACGUCUGUACCCAUGUCCGAUUGCAGUGUGAAGAACGAUUCCUUGUAUACCCCUAUCAAGCCCUUCCCACACAUUGGCGCCAGCGGCAUACGGAUGCCAUUCUUCUCGCAUGUGUUACAUCCCUUCUUGUGCCUCAGGGUACCCCGACAACAUACCUAGAGCGUAUACAUGAUCUGGACUUAGCCCUCUUUGUGUCAGCCACGCCUGCUCCCGAGCAGCGAACACUGGUCCAUGCCGCCCUCCCAGUCUUGCAAGCGAGAUAUCGAGAUGCUACGAUGGCAGAUUCCCAUGGUACCAUGCCGCCAAUCAAGCGCGCAAGGCAGAAACGCUUCGACUAUAUGCCCUCUCCUGUCACUCGAGCGCCUCUUUGCAGCGCAGCGAGCCCUAUCGAAAGUUUCACGACACCUCUCACCUUUACGCAAUUCCUGGCGCACUGUCCAUCGCCUACACUACCGCAUGGCCGACCCUUUAUUGUGCGUGGGCUGGCUUCGUCAUGGCCGGCUAUCACCAAGUGGAAUGACCGCACCUACCUACUUGACCAGGCUGGUCCUGGUCGCGCGGUGCCUGUGGAAACAGGCGGCGCAUAUACGAGCAACGAAUGGGGCCAAUCGAUCAUGCCAUGGGCCACCUUUCUAGCCGACAUUGGAUGGGGCGAAGAGCCCAGGGCCACGGCACCGCCUACGUCGAAACGAUUAUACCUUGCGCAGCACAUGCUAUGGACCCAAUUCCCAUGGCUAGCCGACGAUAUUGUCACGCCAGACUAUGUCCAUAUGGCACCAGAUACACUUGACGAGCCACUACAGCAUGCAUGGAUAGGGCCUGCGGGGACUGUAUCACCUGCUCACACUGAUCCUUACAAGAAUUGCUACGUCCAAGUAGUGGGAUCGAAGCGGGUGUGGAUUGCCCCGCCGGAUGCUAACCAAAAUGGUGCUAUGGAUGUAUUUGAGGCGGACGACGAGGAUGUAUUUACCCAUCUCAUGGACAACACAUCGCGUGUCGAUGUUUUUGAUGUCCAUCUCCCUGCGCCCUUUCGAGACCAGGUCGUGCCGCGUGCGCAAUGGGCCGACUUGGGGCCAGGCGACAUGCUCUUCCUUCCACCGAAGUGGUGGCAUGCGCUGCAGAGCACGACACAGAGCUUCUCGGUAUCGUUCUGGUUCUAA